CUAGGAGGGAAUAGUGGGGAGGUGGUGCACAAGCUAAGGUUGUUGAUCUCAAGAUUAAUAAAAGGGUUUUGCUUCUGAAGGGGUUGAGUUUAAACCAAGAAAACCCCCAAACAAGAAGAGAAGAAAAAAAGAAAAGAAAAAACACAACACAGAGAUUGAGGAAAGGAAGAGCAAAACCCAAGAAGUGUUUUUGACAUGCAAUUGCAAACCCAAGAAAGGUUUGGAAUUUGAGGCAAAUGUCUAUCUUAAUCUCUAUCCCAAGAAAACAAUCUUCUUCUUCUACUUCUACUAGUAUUGUUUCUUCAUGGCUACCAUUUCUCUUCUUUAUCUUCACUCUGUUUUUUUCCGGCGCCGGCGCCGGCAACCAUGAGGCGGCGACGCUCUACUCGUGGCUGCACUCCUCGGCGGCGCCACCGCCACCCCUUUUCUCGUCAUGGAACCCACUGGACCCCACUCCAUGCAAGUGGGAUUUCAUUACAUGCAGCGCUGAGGGGUUUGUGGCCGAGAUUAACAUUCAGUCUAUCAGCCUUGAGCUCCCCUUGCCUGCAAAUCUCUCUUCUUUCACACACCUGAAAAAGCUUGUGAUUUCUGAUGCAAACAUCACAGGGACUAUCCCCUGGGAGGUUGGGGACUGUUCUGACCUCACUCUCAUUGAUUUCAGCUCAAAUAGCAUUGUGGGUAGUGUUCCUUCCACCAUUGGGAGGCUCCAAAAUCUUCAAGAUUUGAUCUUGAACUCAAAUCAGCUCACUGGGAAAAUCCCAGUUGAGUUGGGCAAUUGUUCUAGCCUAAAAAGCCUUCACCUUUUCGAUAACCGGCUCACUGGGAAGCUGCCCAGAGAGCUAGGGCUCUUGGCAAAUCUUGAGGCUCUCAGGGCAGGUGGGAACCAGGAUAUAGUUGGAGAAAUCCCAGAAGAGAUUGGAAACUGUGGGGAAUUGACAGUUUUAGGCCUUGCUGAUACGAGGAUUUCGGGUUCAUUGCCAGGCUCUUUGAGUAAGCUUCAGAAACUCCAGACAUUGUCUAUUUACACUACAAUGUUGUCUGGUGAAAUCCCAUCUGGUUUAGGUAACUGUUCUGAGCUUGUGAAUUUGUAUUUGUAUGAUAAUAGUCUUUCUGGUUCAAUCCCACCUGAGCUUGGGAAUCUUAAGAAGUUAGAGAAAUUGUUUCUGUGGCAGAACAGCUUGGUUGGGGGUAUUCCAGAACAGAUUGGGAAUUGUACCAAAUUGAGUAUGAUUGAUUUGUCUUUGAACUAUUUGUCUGGCUCUAUACCUUUGUCUUUUGGUGGGCUUCUUGAGCUUCAGGAACUAAUGCUUAGUAACAACAAUGUUUCCGGUUCGAUCCCCUCUGGUCUGUCGAAUGCGAAAAGUUUAGUACAAUUGCAGCUCGACACGAACCAGAUUUCAGGAUUGAUUCCUCCGGAGUUGGGGAAUUUGUCGAGCCUUCAAGUGUUUUUCGGGUGGGCGAAUCAGCUCGAAGGCAGUGUGCCUUCGAGUUUGGCUAGCUGUAGUAGCCUCCAAUCUCUGGACUUAUCGCGAAAUUCCCUCACUGGUAGUAUUCCCCCCGGGUUGUUCUUGCUAAAGAAUCUCACAAAGCUUCUCUUGAUUUCGAAUGAUAUUUCGGGCACGUUGCCUCAAGAAAUGGGGAAUUGUAGCUCCUUAGUGAGGCUGAGGCUUGGGAAAAACCGAAUCACGGGUUUGAUCCCGAGAGGGAUUGGGGGAUUGAAGAGCUUGAACUUUCUUGAUUUGUCGGGAAACCGGCUUUCUGGACCCGUCCCUGAUGAGAUUGGAAGGUGUGUGCAGCUUCAAAUGGUGGACCUGAGCAACAAUAUAUUAGAAGGUCCUUUGCCUAAUUCUUUGUCGUCUUUAUCUGAGCUCCAAGUCUUGGAUGUUUCGAGUAAUCGUUUCAAUGGUCCUAUACCCGCAAGCCUUGGGCGCUUGGUUUCGUUGAACAAGCUCGUUCUAAGCGAGAAUUCAUUCUCGGGAUCAAUAUCUCCCUCGCUUGGCCUGUGUUCAAAUCUUCAAAUUCUUGAUCUUAGCAGCAAUGAGCUUUCGGGUAGUAUCCCGGUUGAGUUGGGGAAACUCGAGUCCCUCGAAAUCGCACUUAACCUUAGUAGCAAUCAGCUAAUCGGGCCAAUUCCUGCUGAAAUCUCUGCUCUCACUAAACUUUCAAUUCUUGACCUAUCCCACAACAAGUUCAUAGGGAACUUGAGUGUACUAGCGAAGCUCGAGAAUCUCGUCUCCCUCAACGUGUCCUACAACAACUUCACCGGUUUUCUCCCCGACAACAAGCUCUUUCGCCAGUUAUCUGCAUCGGACAUUGCUGGAAACCAAGGGCUAUGCACUUUUGGCCGGGGGUCGUGCUUCCUUAGAAACACUGAGGGUGUAACGAACGAUGCAAAGUCGAAAAAGCUCAGACUGGCCAUUGCGUUGCUCAUAACUAUGACAAUCGUGAUGGUUAUCAUGGGCACGAUUGCUAUACUGAGAACCCGAAAGACUAUGAGAGGGGACGAUGAUUCCGAGAUGGGAGAGUCGUGGACUUGGCAGUUCACUCCCUUCCAGAAGCUCAAUUUCUCGGUCGAAGAGGUUCUGAAGUGUUUAGUCGAUUCCAAUAUCAUUGGAAAGGGUUGUUCCGGGAUUGUUUACCGUGCUAAUAUCGAUAACGGUGAGGCUGUGGCAGUAAAGAAGCUCUGGCCUACAACGAUUGCCAACGAGGGUAAGAGUGGAGUUCGUGAUUCCUUUUCAACCGAGGUGAAAACGCUUGGCUCGGUACGACAUAAGAACAUCGUUAGGUUCUUAGGUUGUUGCUGGAACCGAAACACGAGGUUACUCAUGUACGACUACAUGCCUAACGGGAGCUUAGGCAGCCUCCUACACGAGAGGAACGGGAACCCUCUCGAGUGGGAAAUGAGGUACAAAAUUUUGUUGGGAGCAGCACAAGGAAUCGCUUACUUGCACCACGAUUGUGUCCCGCCUAUCGCUCACCGAGAUAUCAAGUCUAACAACAUUCUCAUCGGUCUCGAAUUCGAGCCUUACAUAGCUGACUUUGGCCUCGCUAAGCUAGUCGAUGAUGGCGAUUUUGGUCGAUCCUCCAACACCGUUGCAGGCUCAUAUGGCUAUAUAGCUCCCGAAUAUGGCUAUUCAAUGAAGAUCACUGAGAAAAGCGACGUGUAUAGCUAUGGAGUGGUUAUAUUAGAAGUUUUGACGGGGAAGCAGCCAAUUGAUCCAACGAUACCAGAAGGCGACCACAUUGUGGAUUGGGUACGAAAGAGGAGGGGAGGGGCAGAGGUGCUCGACCCGAGGUUGGGCUCGGGGCCAGACUUGGAUAUCGAGGAAAUGAUGCAGGCGUUAGGGAUAGCGUUGUUGUGUGUAAACCCGGCGCCUGCUGAGAGGCCUACGAUGAAAGACGUGGCAGCAAUGCUGAAGGAAAUGAAGCACGAGAGGGAGGAAUACGCGAAGGUCGACGCCCUCCUCCUCAAGGCCUCCCCUACAAACCAAGAAAACGCGAAGGGUCUCUCGGCAACGACGUCUUAUGGAGAAGGCGGUAAUGCAGCGAGCUUCUUCUCCGCUUCCUCGGUUCUCUAUUCAUCAUCCUCCAAUGCCAAAACCGGGUUCCAAUGACUGUUCACAUUGUUGUAUCAAAAGAAGCUUGUCUUGUUUCUAUGUUUUUUUUUUUUUUUUUGGGUACUUUUUAUUGUGUUGUAAAGAUGGAAAAGAGUAGAUAAUUGUGUGUUACAACUGUGUUCUAGCUGUGGAGAACAUAUUAUAUUAAAUGAUGA